AUAUCCAGCCGUGUUUGUGUGUGGAUGUGCCGGGCCCUUCUCUCCUGCCUGGCUCGGCCUGUCAGCGGGAGCCUGCAGCCUGUAUGUUGGGCCGGUCAGUACACCCGGGGAGCUGCGCCCAGUGAGGCCUCUCUGCCCUGCACAGACCGGACCCUGUCCUGGGUUCUCCACCAUGGCGUCCGAUAGUGACACGGAGGAGUUCUUCGAUGCUGCUGAGGAUGUGAACCUUUCCUGCUCCCCAGCUGUAUCGCCAACAAAGCCAGGAACGUUCAGUCUGCAGGAAGAAGUCGCACAUUCCGAAAACAACGGGCCAGAAACUGGAACCACCGAACCAAAGCAAGAUGACUCUAAAGAGAUUAUUGAAAGUAUCAUUGAAGAAAGCCAGAAAUCCAGUGCCAUAGAGGAAAGCCCCUGUCCUACUGAAAAUGUGGAAACAAUAAGUCCUGCAAAAACACCUGGAAAUAAAAAUUCAAAACAGUUGAGAAACAUCCCUGAAGUGGUGGUCACAGAGAUGACCUUUCACAAUGAGCCAGAAGACCUUCUUCAUCAGGAAGAUGGGGACAUCACAGAGACAAAACCCAGUCAGAUGCCUGAUGUCUCCAUCCCCAUCAUAGAACAGUUGGUGGAGACCUCUAAAAUUGCAGAUAUUAUCGACUUGACAGAUAAUCGUAAAAUUAGGGAUAAGGACAAGCUUUUGGACAAAGCCAUUGAGCCUGAAGAGGAUACGGAAGAGAAGCCUAAAGAACCUUUGUCCGAAGAAACUUCCAGCUCUGAAAUUAUAGAGCAGUUACCGCCUGCUAAACCUCCCCGACACAUCAAUGUUGAGCCUGAUAUUGUAGCAAGUACUAAGAAGUCUGGCCCAACACGUCCCCCAGCUCCUGUAAAUGUCCCUCCACCAAGACCGCCACCACCUGCACGGCCGGCUCCACCACCACGCAAGAAGAAAGGAGACUAUGAUUAUGACAGCCCAAGAUCUUCAGGACUGGAAUUUACAAAGGAUGCCUUUCUUGCUGGAGGACUCCUGUCUCCGAACGUCGUGGCAGAGGGUUUAAGCCGAGAUACGCAGCCGUCCUUGGAUCUAGCUAGUGCAACCAGUGGCGACAAAGUAGUGACUGCUCAGGAAAAUGGAAAGACAGCAGAUGGCCAGCUGUCCAGCUCACCGGCAGAAUGCUCUGGUCCCCAGAGGCCCCGGUCUAACUCAGGAAGAGAGCUUACAGAUGAGGAGAUUUUGGCCAGCGUAAUGAUAAAAAAUCUGGACACUGGAGAAGAAAUCCCUCUGAGUUUGGCAGAAGAGAAGCUGCCAACAGGUAUUAAUCCACUGACCCUGCAUAUCAUGAGAAGGACAAAGGAGUAUGUCAGUAAUGAUGCUGCACAAUCUGACGAUGAAGAGAAGCUUCAAGCUCAUCAGUCGGAUACAGACGGAGGGAAACUGAAGCAGAAAACCACCCAGCUGAAAAAAUUCUUAGGGAAAAAGGUGAAAAGAGCAAAACAUCUGGCAGAGGAGUAUGGUGAGCGAGCAGUGAAUAAAGUGAAAAGCGUCCGAGAUGAAGUUUUUCACACUGAUCCAGAUGACCCAUCCUCCAGUGAUGAUGAGGGCAUGCCGUACACCAGGCCUGUGAAGUUUAAAGCUGCUCAUGGCUUCAAGGGUCCUUAUGACUUUGAGCAAAUCAAGGUUGUGCAAGAUUUGAGUGGAGAACAUAUGGGCGCUGUCUGGACAAUGAAGUUUUCACACUGUGGAAGGUUACUUGCCUCUGCCGGACAAGAUAACAUUGUGCGGAUAUGGGUUCUCAAAAACGCUUUUGAUUAUUUCAAUAAUAUGAGGAUCAAGUACAACACAGAAGGGCGAGUCUCUCCAUCGCCAUCUCAGGAAAGUCUUAAUUCUUCCAAAUCUGACACAGAUGCGGCUUACAGUGGAGCAGAUGAUAUGGAUCAAGAUGAUAAAAAUGCACCUUUUCGUCAGGUGCCAUUUUGUAAAUAUAAGGGACACACAGCUGAUCUUCUCGAUUUGUCCUGGUCCAAAAAUUACUUUUUACUGUCCUCAUCGAUGGAUAAGACAGUCCGCCUAUGGCACAUAUCCAGGAGGGAGUGCUUGUGUUGUUUCCAGCAUAUUGAUUUUGUCACGGCAAUAGCUUUCCAUCCAAGGGAUGACAGAUACUUCCUGAGUGGAUCCUUGGACGGGAAACUCCGGCUAUGGAAUAUUCCGGACAAAAAAGUUGCCUUGUGGAACGAAAUUGAUGGACAGACGAAGCUCAUUACUGCUGCCAAUUUCUGUCAGAACGGCAAACACGCUGUGAUUGGCACAUACGAUGGGAGGUGCAUAUUCUACGACACAGAGCAUCUGAAAUACCACACUCAAAUACAUGUGCGAUCCACAAGGGGGCGAAAUAGGGUCGGAAGAAAAAUCACUGGAAUAGAGCCAUUGCCUGGAGAAAACAAGAUCCUAGUAACGUCUAAUGAUUCCAGAAUAAGGCUGUACGACUUAAGAGACUUAUCUUUAUCCAUGAAAUACAAAGGCUGUGUGAACAGCAGCAGUCAGAUCAAAGCCAGCUUCAGCCAUGAUUUCACAUACAUCGUCAGUGGGUCUGAAGAUAAAUAUGUAUAUAUCUGGAGCACAUACCAUGACUUAAGCAAAUUCACGUCUGUAAGAAGAGACCGCAAUGAUUUCUGGGAGGGCAUUAAAGCACAUAAUGCAGUUGUCACAUCUGCGAUCUUUGCACCACAUCCGAACCUGAUAGUGCCACCAGAUGCCUCCACUGACCGACAAGACGCUGACCAGAAGGGGGAACAGGGAGAGUCUGUAGAUAACAUACCGUCAGGUGCAUUGAAGCCUGAUCACACAGAAGUGCUGCUUUCUGCAGAUUUUACCGGCGCAAUCAAGGUGUUCGUUAACAGGAAGAAAAAUCUAUCUUAAUUGUAAUAACCGUGACAGAAUGAGCCCGUUCUUUAAUAGUCGCCACACUUAAUAUAAAGAACAAAACUGACACUGGCUGGCGGAUAUUACUGCAGCAGUCGGCUCCGACCACUUAUACUACUGCCAGCAAAUGUCUCCAGCUAAUUAAUGCUCGGACAUCUUGUCUGGUGUAACUACCAUUCGGCACCUUUUAUCAUAUAUAAUUUAAACGCAUUUAUGGAGCCACUAUUGUUUUAUAAUAGUGUAGGAAUAUCCUGCAGCUUCGUUUUACAUCCAGGUCAAGAUCCUUGAAGAGGUUGUGUAGGCAUACUCUCCUGUUCUAAGUAAUAGGACCCGUGCACCAUACCCACAGGACGUGAGAUAGUUGCUUUAGCAAACUGACCGCCCGGUGUGCAGUGGUAUCUCUUCUCUCCCAGUGUCAGAUCGGGUUGGAGAGAUUGAAUGCACAAUCCCUUCAAAGUGGAAGUCCACCUUUCAACUUCAUUAAAUUUUACGUUCCAGUUCGUGGGUAGAUUCCUCUUUUAUUUUCCAAGCUAUCAGAGUACAUUUUUUUUGCAUACAGGGCAGCAAAUCCAUAAAUAUGUACGGUAUAUAUAAUGUCAAAUGAUAAACUUCUUUAUGUCUGCAGCCACCACCAGGGGGAGCUUAGUAGUUUACUGCUCCACCUAGUAGUGGCUCCUUGCAGCCAGAGGUUCAUCCUUUAGCACUACAUGUAUGCAUUAAUUUAUAUAUAAUAAGGUAUAUUAGGAAAAUUCAUUUGUUCAGAGUCAGAAAAAAGGGGACAUUCCCUUUAAAGAGAUUGUCCAGGUUCCAGUAUUGAUGACCCAUGCUCAUGAUGGGUCAUCCAUAUCAGAUCGGCAGGGGUCCAACUUUUGACACUCCUUCGUUCAGCUGUUUGACGAGAACGCAGCGCUUUUGUUUACCUGUUCGUUGUCGGCAUUGCAGUGAUGAUCAGGUGUAUUUACAGCGAGAAUGGGAUGGAGGAGCUGUACCUACACCUGCUCGCCACUGCAAUACUGACGAUCAGCAGGUAAACAAUGAAAGGAACACUGCGCUCCUCUGCUCUCUUCAAACAACAGACUGAGGGGGUGCUGUAAAUCGUACCCCCCACCGAUUUUGAUAUUGAUGAACUAUCCUGAGGAUAUGUCAUCAGUAUAGGAACCCAGACAACCCCUUUAAGGCCUUGUUUACACUUCUGUUUCCCCCAGGUUCUGCCAACAUUCAAUGGAUUCCGUAAAAAAAAGGCAAGCCAUGACUCUAUUGUGAACAGAG